AGGGAACAUGGGGCGCUACUAUCUUUUCCUGGCUUUCUGUUUAUGGGCUCUGGCAUCCGCUUUACAUCCGGCAUCCUGUGAUGAGCUAGUAAGAAUUGGUUUGAAGAAACGGCCUUUGGAUCUUCAGAGUAUUAAGGGCGCCAAAGUUGCAAGAAUGGAAGGAAAAUAUGGAAAUGAAGCGAAAGGCAUGAACCAUAAUUUGGGUGAUUCUGAUGUGGACAUAGUUUCCCUGAAGAAUUAUUUGGAUGCUCAAUACUAUGGAGAGAUUGGUAUUGGCUCACCACCCCAGAAGUUCACUGUCAUAUUUGACACUGGCAGUUCCAAUCUUUGGGUUCCAUCAUCAAAAUGUUAUUUUUCUAUCGCUUGCUGGUUCCAUUCUAAGUACAAGGCAAGUCGGUCCAGUUCAUAUACCAAAAAUGGAAAAUCCUGUUCAAUUCAUUAUGGAUCUGGAUCUGUUUCUGGCUUCUUCAGUCAAGAUAAUGUUGAAGUUGGUGAUCUUGUAGUCAAAGAUCAGGUUUUCAUUGAGGCCACACGAGAAGGAAGUCUUGCAUUCGUUUUGGCACAGUUUGAUGGAAUAUUUGGGCUUGGGUUUCAGGAAAUUUCUGUUGGGGAUGCUGUGCCAGUCUGGUACAAUAUGGUGGAGCAAGGUCUUGUAAAUGAAGAGGUAUUCUCAUUUUGGCUUAAUCGGGAUCUGGAGGCAAAAGAGGGAGGUGAGCUUGUUUUUGGCGGUGUUGAUCCAAAACACUUCAAGGGAAAGCAUACCUACGUUCCUGUCACGCAAAAGGGUUACUGGCAGUUUGACAUGGGAGAUUUUCUUAUUGGGAACCAUUCAACAGGUUUUUGUGAGGGGGGUUGUGCUGCCAUUGUGGAUUCUGGAACAUCCUUGCUUGCUGGUCCAACUACUGUUAUCACUGAAAUCAACCAUGCCAUCGGGGCAGAAGGAGUAGUGAGCAUGGAAUGUAAAGAAAUUGUCACUCAAUAUGGGGAGAUGAUAUGGGAUCUGUUAGUAUCAGGGGUACAGCCUGGCAAAGUAUGCUCACAAAUAGGUCUAUGUAUCUACAAUGGAGCUCAGUAUGUGAGUUCUUAUAUCGAAACAGUAGUUGAAAAGGGGAAGGAGGAAAUUUCUGCUGUGGAAACUCCAAUGUGUACUGCAUGUGAAAUGGCUGUUGUAUGGAUGCAGAACCAGCUAAAACAAAAGGGAACAAAAGAAGCAGUUCUAAAUUAUGUGAAUCAGCUUUGUGAGAGCCUACCAAGUCCUAUGGGAGAGUCCGUGAUUGACUGCAAAAGCAUUGCAUCCAUGCCAAAUGUCACCUUUACCAUUGGGGAUAAAGCUUUCCACCUCACUUCAGAACAGUAUAUUCUUAAGACUGGAGAAGGCAUUGCAACGAUCUGCCUCAGUGGGUUUAUGGCUUUGGAUGUACCACCUCCACGAGGUCCUUUGUGGAUCCUUGGAGAUGUCUUCAUGGGGGUGUAUCACACCGUAUUCGACUAUGGCAAUCUCCAACUGGGUUUUGCUGAGGCUGCUUAGCAACCAUGAUCUCUAAUUACUUCCGCCUUACUAGCUAUCAUUUCUAAGAAAGCAGGCAUAGAUUGCAAAUGAAUGAAUUUAGUACAUUGACAACGGAGAUGGUAUAUUUAUAUUGUGUUUAUUAAUGCGAGCACACUUGAUAUGUAAGUAAGUUGUACUGAAAUGCAUGUUGUAGCUCUGCUUAUUUGUGGGUGAAGCAUUUGUGUUUUAGCUUUGACAUCAUGAUGUGAUAUCAGAUAUCUAUUCAAAGUAGAGGUGUCAAGUCAUGUCGUGUCAUUUUUGUGUCUUAUUUUUUUUUGGUACGUGUCAUGUUUUUCUUAAUAUUCCUGUC